AUCGAGCUCUAUUACUAUUAUUACCUCUCUCAAGAAAAUGGCUAGCAAUCGUUUACGAAAGGAAUUGAUGGAUUUUACUAAAAGUCCCUUACCGAAUUGUUCUGCACAGCCUGUCAAUGAUAAUAUGAAUGAAUGGAAAGCAACGUUAAUAGGACCGGAAGGUACGCCUUAUCAAUCUGGUACAUUUGUUCUCAGAAUACAGUUUCCAAUGGAUUAUCCAUUUAAACCACCAAAGAUAGAAUUUAAAACAAAAAUAUUUCAUCCAAAUAUCAACGAGAGUGGUGGAAUUUGUCUAGAUAUACUAAGAAGUAGCUGGUCACCUGCGUUAACCGUACCUAAAAUUCUUCUCUCAAUUAGUUCUCUAUUAGCUGAACCUAAUCCAGAAGACCCUCUAGUUCAGAAUAUCGGUAAAUUAUAUCGUCAUAAUAGAGAUAAAUUUAACGAAACAGCAGAACAGUGGACAAAAAAAUACGCACAUGGAAAUAAAUGA